AUGAAUCCUAUUCCUAUUUCAAACUCAAAUUCAUUUUUGGGUUUCGUCCCAUCAAUGGUAAUUUAGCAUUUGCAUGAGAAAAGUAUCAAAAAAGAUAAAAUUAAUUUGCCAGAAAAGUAAUCACUAAAAUCUGUUGUUAUGUUUGCUGAUAUUAGUGGAUUUACAAAUCUAACAGAAACUUUAAGUAAAAGAGGUCCAGAAGGCGCUGAAAUUAUUGCUUUUGCCAUUAAUCGUUAUAUGGAAUUGAUGGUCAAAGAAAUAGGGCGGUCUGGAGGUGAUAUUUUUAAAUUUGCAGGUGAUGCAAUGAUUGUUGUUUGGCCUCCACCCAAGCAUGAAAACCAGCUAUAAAAUACCUGCCGUUAAGCUGUUUAGGCGGCACUUUCAAUUUAAUCCAAAUUAGAUAAUAUGAAUAUCACUGAUGGUGUUAAAUUAUCAGUUAAAAUUGGUUUUGGUGUAGGAGAUUUUUCAAUUAUAUACGUUGGUGGUAUUUUUGGCAGAGCCGAAUAUCUUCCAGCAGGAGAUCCACUUACCUAAGCUUUCAGCGCAGAGCACGAAGCUGAAUCAGGUGGUGUUAUUAACUGUUCUCAGUAGAUCUACGACUUAAUUUAAAAUCAUUUUGAAUGCAAAGUAAAGAAUGCUGACCACAAGAUAUAUUAAGUUUUGAAAGUUAAAGAAAAAGUUAUGGUCAAAGCUGAUGCGAUGAUGAUUAAAGAUAAAAUGAGAGCUUCAGAUAUAGAAAAAAUUAAGUCAGGAGUAUUAUAAUAUGUACCACGUUCUCUCUAAGCUUACAUUUAAUACGAAUAAGAAUAAUGGAGUUCAGAAUUGAGAGUAGUUACAAUUAUGUUUAUGAAUAUAGGUAUUGAUUUAUCUGAUUGCGCUGAUGAAGAAGGUUUAAACAAAAUUUAAAAGGUUAUACAAAUUAUCCAAAAGUGUGUAUACAUGUAUGAAGGUUCUUUAAAUAAAUUUUUGAUGGAUGACAAAGGUUCUACUUUAAUUGUUGUCUUUGGUUUACCUCCUAUUACACAUUAAGAUGAUGCUGUAAGAGCAGUACUCUGUUCUUAUGCAAUCAAAAACUAGCUAAGAAAAUAAAGUUGUAAAUGCAGUAUUGGAAUUGGUACAGGUUUAGUUUUUGCUGGUGUUGUUGGUACUAGUGGUAACAGAAGAGAGUAUUCAGUUAUUGGUGAUAGUGUUAAUUUAUCAGCUCGUAUUAUGUAAAAAGCAUGCGAAUAAUAAGAUGAAAAUUUCAAAAUAUUGUGCUCAGAAGCAACAAUGAAACAAGCUCAAAAUAAAAUAUCAUUUAAAUUUAAAGAUUCAUAUAAAUUUAAGGGAAAAUCUGUCUAUCUUCCAAUUUACUACCCUCUUGAUUUAAAUGACAAGUAACUAAGUGAGUUAGAUAGAGAAAAUAGAUUCCCUUCUCUAAGAACUCAUCUAUUUGCUUUCCCGAUGGAUCCUGAAGAAAAAAAGCUCAAAAAAAAAUUUUUUAAUUUUAUGCACGGGAAGAGUAGAGCAGAGUAACUUUAUGAAGCAAAGCAUCAAGUGCAAAAAUUUUUAGAAUACUGUGAAUUGACAACUGGCAAUCAAAUUCUAAAAGGUUGUCUCAUCAUUCAAGGAGACAUGGGUAUGGGAAAGAGUCUCUUUUUAAGAAAUUUGAUUUACGAAACUCAGGCACAUAUCGAUAAAAGUAGUAAAAAAAUAUAAUAUGAAUAUAAUGAAAGACCUAGAAUAAUAGUUUCCAAUCUUGAUCCUUCAAAUAAAUUCAAAAAGAUGAAUAUCAUGCGUUCAGUUCUUAAAGAAAUAAUUUCAAUUAUAGAAUAAAGAGUAUAUGAACAAAGUCAGCUCUAACAGUUAUUUGGUGAAAAAAAAUAUAAUCAAAUAUUCAAAAAAGAUAAAGAUGGAGACUCUAAAAAUAGAUAAGUUCUUGAUGACAGAAAGUAUUUCAAAAUAGCUAAUUUUAUAGAUAAAGGAAUAUUUCAAUCGGACAGUAUCAGAAUAGGCGAUAACUCAAAUAAAGAUUAUUAAAAAAGAAUAUAAGAUUUUAAAGAAAUUUGUGGUUUAACUGAAUAUAACUAUGUAGAAAAUUUCCCACCUCCCUUCAAUACUUUGAAAGAAAAAGAAUUCAAAGAAAGACACAAAGAAGAAAAGAAAUAACUUUCAAAAUUAGCCCUUGAAAUCUUUUCAAUUUACUUUUGUCAAACUUUAUAAAAAGGCUCUAGAAAAGACUCUACUACUUCUAUUGGUAGUCAAGAAAGUAACAAUGACUCACAAAGAAGAUAUAGAGAAAAAAUAGCUCCUCUUGUUUUAUGUCUUGAAGAUCUCCAAUAUGCUGAUCCUUACUCUUUCAAAUUGUUAAAAGACAUUCUUAAAAAAUUUGAUAGAGUCUUUAUUAUCGGAGCCAUGAGAAAUGCUUCUAUAGAAAAACCUAGUUUCCCAACUCCCUUCCUUCCACCUUAGGAGGUAUAAAAUUAGAAUUUCAUAAUGUAAGUUAAAGAAACUUUAUAUGAUGCAGAGCACAGAAACAUGGAUAACGAUUCAUUCAACUCUGAUAUUGAUAAAUAAACAGAUUUGUGCAAAAUAAUUGAAAUCAAUGGGUUACCUAUGGAUGAAAUAAAAUAGAUAAUAAAGGAAGUUUAUAAUUUAGAGAAACUAAGUUAUAUACAAAAAAAAGUCUAAUAAAUAGAAACUUAAGGAAAUAAUAAUUAAAAUAUAUAAAAUGGAAAUGGACACCAAGAACAGCAUAUUGUGAAUUAAAUGCAGAAUAAUUAGUAUAAUAAAAAAUUAGAAUAAGAAAUUAAACUGAAAGAGAAGAUAACUGAAUACGAAAAAGAUAAUUUUAGCUAUCUUUUCUUUUCUAAAAUUAAAAAUGAACUUGCAUAUUUCCCUGACCAUCUUUUUCACAAUUUUUUGUACUUGAAAACAUCAGGAAAUCCUUUAACUGCUUUACAUUUGAUAGAUAACUUACUUAAAUAGAAGCUUCUUAUCAUUAAAGACUUUAACUUUAAACCAAAUACCCCAGAAAUCGAGGAUGAGCUAAAUAACAUUUAUAAUUAUGAUGAAUUAGAACCUAAAACUGGAUAUAUCACUCCUCAUCUUAAAAAAGCAAUUUUGCUCGAAGAUUUGGUAACUAUCGAUGUUCCUUUAUGUAAAUACAAUGUGAAUACUCCAAUACAGGAUAAACUAGGAUGCUUGGAUUUGCUUAUUUUAAAAAUAGCAAGUGUGAUUGGAGAUAUUUUUGAUUUGUAAACUCUGAUCAAAGUGCACCCAUUUGGAAAUGUAUUAAAAACAGAUAAAUUAGUUGAAGCUCUAAAUGCUUUAACUGAUUAAAAUAUUUUAGAAGUCAUAGACUAAAAUGAGAACAACGUCAUUUAUAGAUUCUGUCAUUCAUUUGUAAGGGAAACUCUCUAUUAGCGAUUGAUUUAUACAUAAAGGAGAUAAAUUCAUUUGAUUGUUGCAGAAACUUUCUAAAAUACCUUGUCUCUUCCAUACAACGAAGAAGAAGACAUUGAAAAACUUAAAUAUUAAUGGCUACUUGGAGAAAAUUCUAAAGACAUAUCUAUUGAUAAUCUACCUCAUAAGGCUAAAAGAUCUAUUAUUGUUAAAAAGAUUUAAUCUCAACUCACGGCAUCUGCAAGUAGCGCUAAUACCAUGAUUAAAGAGGAUUAUUUAUAUAAGAAAUCAGACUUCAGUAAAUAUAGCUGGGCGGAGCGUUUUGUAUUGAUGAGCACAAAGGAUAUUAGGUAUUACUAUAAUAGAGAGGAUUCUAAAGAAAAACCAGAAGAAUAUUUAGGAGCUAUUCCUCUAAGAUUUAUUUAUGAAGUUAAUAUGCUUGAUCCUAAAUAAUAUGGUAGAUCAGAUUAUCCUUUUAUCAUUAAAGCAAGUAAUUGGUAUAAAAAAACUAAAUAAUGUUCAAAGAGAGAUUUCUUCUUCACAUGUAAAACUUAAGAAUAAUAUGAAGAAUGGUACAUUUAUUUGAAUAUUGCUAAAACGAAAGCCCUUUAAGAUGAAUUCCAUAGAGAGUAUGGUAAAGUAAACAUCUUAAAAGGAGGUUUGGAUAUUGAUGUAACAAUCAAAAAUUUAAUUGAAUAAAAAAAGUCUCAGAUUUCUACCAAAAUAGAUGCUGCUAAAAGAUAAAGAAGAAAUACAUACCUUUCAGGCAGCAGUCCUAGCAACAAGAAAUACAAAGACAAACCAAAAGAUAUCGACAACACUGAGGAGUAAAACCAAAAUCAGUAAAAAAUAUAAGAAAGUUUAAAGCAAAUGCUGGAAAUUUUCAUAAAAAGAGGGAUGAUUCUCUUUUUUAGUCAGCUAUUUGCCUAGUCCUACCAUACUUAGGAUGGUAUCAGAACUUUUGGGGAAACCACCAAAGCUUUUAGGACAAUACCUUUUGAACCAAUUUAAUUGUAACAUAGCAACUACAGGUCCUAAAAUAGUAUUUCACAUAAAGCUUCUGUUGAUUAUGAAGAUUCAGAUGGACUUUCAAAGGGAAAUAGCCCAAUAUCUUCAAUUAAUCCUGCUUUUGCUAUGAUAAAUAAAAAUGUAAUUUUAGAUGACUAAGGAAACAAAAAGAGAGUAACUAUUUUAGUAAAUUCAGAUAAUAAUUCGCCUUCUCAUAGACCUAAAAAUGAACCACGUAAAUCUAUUCUCAUGAAGAGUAGUGGAGUUUCUACUAUAUUUGGGCUAAACGAAAGCUAAGGCUAUCAAAGCUAAACACCCUCCGAAACUAAUAUUCCUGUAAAUGGCUCUAAAAACUACAAUUUAGAACAGGAUAAUACUCCAAGUAAAAUAGUACUGAGCAAAGUAGCAUGUGAUAAUGAAGAAAAUUCUUCAGCUACUAUUCAAAAUGCUAAUAAUAAUAUGCCAGGUGGAAUCAGUUCAACUUCCAAAAAUCAUAAUUAUGAUAAUUCUGAAAAUAGGUCCCCUUCCAAGCCACCCUUGCAAUAAUCAAAGUAACCAGCCCUACCUCCUUAGUUGAAGCAAUAAAUUCAAGCAAUAUCUUAAAGACCUUAGUAUGUGGAAAAUUCAUAUGAAGAAGAAAAUUAAUAAAAAUAUUUUCAAAAUGGUUCUUAAAAUAGUAUGAAGAGACCACUUUUAUAAUCGUCUUCACCACCGUUAAAAUAUAAUGAAAAUGAACUAACAUAACCUAAACUGCUAGUGAAUGAUAAAGUAGAAGAGUUUGAUGGUGUUGGAGGACUCUAAUUUAAAAAUAGAUAAGAAAAUUAAUCACCAGAGCAAAGUCCUCCUUCAAGUUAUAGAAGGAGUGUAUCACCUAAUAAUUUACCAAACAAUAGCAGAUUUAAUGUUAAUGCUAAAAUCACAAAUAAUGUAGUUGAUAUGAAGAGAUCAAGCACUCAGAGCACUUUGAAUCCCAUGUUGAAUGCUCAAACAAACAACACAAAUAGCUUUUACAAUACAAAUAAUCAAAGCUAUCUAUUGAGCAUGAACUCUUCGCCAUCAAUUAAUCCUUAAUCUAACUCUAUGAUAAAUUAAAAUAGUUUCAACUUGUAUAAUGACAAAAGUUAAAACUAAAAUAUCAAUGACUUUUCUAGAAAUUAAUUUGAUGACACUAUUUAAAGCACUUAUAAAUAGAAUCACUUUAAUAAUUCGCAAAUUAGGCAUCCAUCAUCUUUGAAUUAAAUCGGAAAUUAAUUUAUAAGCUCUAAGCAAAGCGAAUAGUUCUAUGAAGAGGAAUAAAGCAGAAUCAGAGUUCUGUCAGGAAAUUAAAAUAUUUAAUCUGACUUCCAAAAAAAGAUGAAUAACAACAACUCAUCUAGAAUCAGCAAAAUUUCAUAAUAAAACGACAUGGUUCCCAUAUCCAAAAUCAAUAACAUCUAUGGAGACAAAACUUACCUAGCAAAAGCUCUGAAGGUCUAAAAUCCUAUUAAGGGUGAUCUAAAAUUAGAAGAGGGGAGUAUGUAUGAAGUUAAAAUAAGCAAAAAUUUGAAUUAAGAAUAUGUUUAAAUAGUUGCUAAUAAUAAAUCAGGUAUAUUCAAGAAGGAGAUAUUCAAAUUUAUCAAUAAUCCUGAAUUGAAUACCUAUUAAUUUAGUGCUAGUAAGUAUACUCCUAGCUAAAGUAUGGGAUACGAUUAUCCUUAAUAAAGACAAGUAGAUAAUAUACCACUCACCAAUUCUUUGAAUAUGGACAGCUAAAAUUUAUCUAGUUAUUAAUAAAUGGAUUAUUCUAAAUAAAUUCCUCUCUCAAAUGUCACUCCAAUAUCCAUGUACCAAAGAUCAUUUUAAAGAAACAUCUAAAAAAAUAAUUAAAGCCAAUACUUUUGA